AUGACCGAGCAUAUCGACCUCGAUCCUCGGCUAGGAGAAGAAGAGCGGAUCGAGCCCGUAGAGGACCUCGUCCCGUUUCAGCUGGGACGGGUAGCCGAACAGGUCACGCACUUGGGAUCCCAACUGAGUAAAGUCGAUUCGAACCAGGUGAAGCGAGCGGUUCGAGAUAAUAAAGACCUAUUCGCAUGGACAGCGUCGGACAUGCCGGGGAUAGACCCCAAUUUCUUGUGUCACCGAUUGGCUAUAUGCCGGGACGCCCGACCAGUAGCCCAAAAGAAGAGGAAGAUGGGAGACGAGAAGAGAAAAGCCGCGAAUGCCGAGGUGCAAAAACUGUUACAUGCAAAGUUCAUCCGAGAUGUCACAUACACCACCUGGCUAGCUAAUGUGGUGUUGGUCAAAAAAUCGAGUGGGAAGUGGAGAAUGUGCACCGACUACACCGACCUUAACAAAGCCUGCCCCAAGGACGCCUAUCCACUUCCAUGCAUCGACCGACUCGUCGACGGCGCGUCCGGACAUGCUAUAUUUAGCUUCCUAGACGCCUACUCCGGCUACAACCAAAUCAAAAUGUAUCCGGCCGACGAAGAGAAGAUGGCGUUUAUAACCGAGAACGCCAAUUUUUGUUAUAAAGUAAUGCUGUUUGGGCUCAAGAAUGUCGGGGCGACCUACCAGAGGUUAAUGGACAAGGUGUUUCAGGGUCAGAUCGGCCGAAAUAUCGAGAUCUAUGUGGAUGAUAUAGUGGUCAAGUCCAACUCUCUGGCCGAGCACUUAACCGACCUAGCCGAAAUCUUUGGUGAACUUCGUAAGCACAACAUGAGACUCAACCCCGAGAAAUGUACCUUCGGGGUCAAGGGAGGCAAAUUGUUAGGUUUUAUGCUAUCGGCGAGAGGCAUAGAAGCGAACCGAGACAAAUGUCAGGCCGUGUUAGACAUGCGAAGCCCGAGCAACCUCAAAGAAUUGCAACGCCUUGCAGGAAGAUUGGUCGCCUUAUCCCGAUUCCUCCCACGGUUAGGCGACAAAAUUAGCCCGAUGACAAAGCUCUUGCGGAAGGCUUUGGCCUUCUCAUGGGAUGAACACUGCGAAGCCGCCUUCGCAGCGUUGAAGACAACCUUGGCGACGCCACCAACCCUCACGAAGCCUAAUCCUUUGAGCCCGCUACUUGUAUACUUGGCUGUGUCCGAGGAGGCGAUCAGUUCGGUUCUGGUGCAAGAAAAAGAAGGCACCCAAGCUCCUAUAUAUUUUGUCAGCCGACUACUACAAGAUUCAGAAACCUGGUACCAGUUGAUAGAGAAGGUGGCACUUGGUUUAGUACACACUUCCCGAUGCCUAUGUCAUUACUUCCAGAGCCACCGAAUUGUUGUACACACUGACUGUCCGAUCGCUAAGGUACUAGGAAAACCCGAACUCGCCGGAAGAAUGAUGGCCUGGUCGAUUGAACUCUCUCAGUUCGACAUUACGUUCAAACCGAGGGGACCGAUCAAGGCUCAAUGCCUGGCCGACUUUGUAAACGAACUUCACCGGCACGGCCAAUUUGAGGAACAUUGGUGGACCCUCCAUGUAGACGGAUCCUCAAACAACCAGGGGAGCGGGGAAGGAGUGAUCUUAGAAGGACCGAGAGGGAUAACCCUGGAGCAAUCUUUGCGUUUCCAGUUCAAAGCUUCAAACAACCAAGCCGAAUACGAAGCUCUAUUGGCAGGAUUAAGGCUGGCCGAGGACAUGGGUGCAUCAAAAAUCAAAUGCCGAACCGACUCCACAGUGGUGGCCGAGCAAGUUGGCGGAAAUUUUCUAGUAAAGGACCAUAGCAUUAUGACGUACUAUCAUGCCUAUCAAAAACUGAAGGCGAGCUUUCAGGAGGUGUUGGUCAAGCACAUCUCGCGCGAGGACAACACCCGUGCCGACCAGUUGGCUAGGUUGGCCGCGACCAAGAAGCCGGGCCAUUUGAGAACAAUCAUUCAACAAGAGAUCGACCACCCCAGUGUCGAGGCUAAAAUGGUGGCAAGUGUCGAGGCCAACCUGGCCGACCCCAGUGACCCCCCAGAUUGGCAAGACGAACUCAAGGCAUUUCUCACCAACGAAAUCACGCCGGCCGAACCGACCGAGGCCAAGCGAUUGAGAACUCGAGCUAGUAGAUACGUCGUUAUCGCCGGCCAGUUGUAUAAACGCGGCUUCUCUACCCCCUUGCUUAAAUGCCUGAACCCCGACGAGGCCGACUACGUCAUGAGAGAAGUACACGAAGGUAUUUGCGGAAUGCACUCAAGAGCUAGGACGACCGUCUCCAAGCUCUUGAGAGCCGGGUACUAUUGGCCGACCAUAAACUCUGAUUGCGCAAAGUUCGUAAAGAAGUGCCAACCGUGUCAAAAGCAUGGCAACUUGAUCUAUCAGGAGGCCGAGCAGUUACAUUGCAUUCCCACAGCAUGGUCAUUCGCCACCUGGGGGGCCGACAUACUCGGUCCCUUCCCGGUUGCCAAGGGCCAUGUAAGUUCCUCAUCGUCGUCGUGGACCUAUUCACCAAAUGGAUCGAAGCCGAGCCCUUGGCAUGUAUCUCGGUCAUCAAGUCAAAAAAUUUCUGUGGAGGAAUAUCAUCACCCGUUUCGGUGUCCCACACACACUUUUGACCGACAAUGGCCUGCAAUUUACCGACCGACCACUAAACGAAUUCCUAGCCGGCUUAGGAGAGCAGUCCAAGGUCACAUCGGUCGAGCACCCACAAACAAACGGUCAGGCCGAGUCAGCCAACAAGGUCAUCCUUGCAGAAUUGAAGAGACGGUUAGGGGAAGCAAAAGGAGCAUAGGCCGAGCAGCUACCCGAGGUGUUAUGGGCCUAUCGAUGCACCCCCAGUCAACUACGCAAGAAACACCUUUUUGUCUAGUCUAUGGAUCCGACGCGAUGAUCCCAGUGGAAAUCGGAGAACCAUCAUUCCGCCGAGCCCACUUUGAUGAAGUAAGCAACGAAGCCGAACUCCGAACAAACUUAGACACGAUAGAAGAAAUUCGUGACCGAGCACUUCAUCACUUUUUAUUUUUUUCUCUGUAA